GACGACUAUGCGUGCGUGCAAAAGGAGGAGACACGUUGUUGUGGGUCUUCUUUAAAACUCCACGUCUCGUAUCCGGAUAAGCCGUUCGCGUUCGAUAAAGGGUAUCGUGUUACCGUUUCGCGUGGUGUGGUACUCUAACCGCAACGCGCAUGAAACCGGUUCCGUGUUCACCGUCGAUGUCCCGAACACACACGGGAUAAGGAAUUAUUCCCCCGAAAUGAAUCGCGAGAGACGGCCGUUGCUUUACAGAGACGCGAACUCGGAGCUGUCGCUUUUCUUCGCGACGUUAUGCGUCAUCGACAUAUUCGGCGUUUUUCCGAUCAUCGCUUUACCGCGCGCGAUCGUGCAAUGCGGAUUAUAUGGGAUUCCCCUGGUUCUAAUUGUGUUGGGCCUACAAAUUUAUACAGCGGUUCUCCUUGGAAAAUCAUGGAUAAUCGCAAAGACCCUCGAUCCACAAAUUUCACGGAAAAAUCGACAUCCUCUUGCCGCCGUGACCGAACUGACCUUAGGACCUCGUGCAAAGACUUUUGUCACUAUAAUUCUAGAUCUCACCGUGUUUGGUUGCAGUAUACCGAAUUUACUGGUUGCUUCACAAAACUUACAAUUAUUUGGACUGAAAAUAUCCGGACAACGAUUCGAUCUAUCCUUCUGCUAUUGGCUUCUGGUUGUGGGUGUACUUUUGUGCCCAAUUAUGUGGCUUGGAAGCCCUCGUGAUAUGAAACUGAUAACAACAUUUUCUUCCAUAACUGUCAUUUUGACAGCAGUGUUAAUAUGGUGGUGUAUAAUUGAUGAUGACCGAGAACUUAACAUCCUACCAGUGCCUACUUCUCCUUCCUGGGACAAAUUUAUUUCUGGAUACGGAAUGCUGGCAUUCCAAUUUGAUGUGCAUCCAACAUUAAUGACUGUGCAAGUGGACAUGCGUCGACCUCAGGGUAUCAACAAGGCUGUGAUAAUUUCUUUCUUAGUAAGUGGUUCAUUAUUUACCGUCACUGCCAGUUUAGCUGUGUGGAAAUAUGGCGCCAGUACAACAGCUAAUGUUCUGCAAAUGGUCCCAGGAGGUUUUACUAUGAGCGCAGCUAUUCUGCUUGCAGCUCUUCAGCUCUGUCUUUCGAGUGCUUUGGGUCAUUCGGCUCUUUUCCAGGAUCUAGAGGAUCAAUGGAAUAUCCGACCGUCAUUUGGAUGGAAAAGGUGUGCCGUAAGGUCAGCUAUCGUCUUUCUUGGGGUAGCUGUAGGAGAAUCUGUGCCAAGAUUCGAUAUCGUUAUAGCACUCAUUGGAGGAUCGUUAACAGGUCCAUUAGUCUUCGUGCUUCCUCCGCUGAUAUAUUCAAAAGCUACUGCUCUCAAAAGAAGAUCCAUACGUGUAUCGACACCUGAAGUGUACUCAGGUUCUGAGAGACGUAGAAGCAUCGGAGGAGGUAUCUCGACGGAUCCGAGGAUUCACUCGAGAUCAGUAUAUUAUGGUGUUCUAGGUAUGCCGAAGAGUGAAUACUAUCAGUAUUCGUACGUUUAUUACGACGAACUGGAAGAUGAAUUCGACGACACCAUGGAUUAUGAGAACGACACUGUUAACGAUAGGAAAACUAGUGAACAAUAUUUAAUGACACAGAGAAAUCACGAUGACGAACCAGUAUUCAUAGAUGCCAGUAAUCCCUUUAGUACAUACAGAAGACUUGUUUCUGAACAACCGGUACGGCGGUCCAUCUUGAAUUGUACUUCCCGAAGAUGGCAUGACUGGUUUGGUUACUUGAUCGUUUUGUUCGGUAUAGUCGUUACCAUUUCAUCGACAUAUAUUAAUAUCAAAAACACAAUACGUUACGUGCAAUUCACACCGCCGUGUAUAUUAAACGUUACCACCUUAUAA